AUUCCGCGCCUUAAGCUGUACAUUCGAAUCAGAGCCUCUAGGUCUCCUUCUCGAAGAACUUUGCUUAAAGUCUUUAAGGUAUGUCGCCUUUAUGUUCUCUAAAUAGUAUAAAAUGGUUAGUACUUUAUUCAUUAGAAGUCUCGUCAUACUCUACUGAAAAUGAAACUGAAAUUUUGAAGCUUCUAUUUUCCGAAUGGGCGCUGGCUCUGGCCCCUGCCGCACUGAACUACCCAUCAUAUUGCUCCGAAGUGUAAUUAAAAUCUCGAAGGUGUCCACGUGUUAGUGUAUCAGUUAGGCCAAAACGUGGAAGAAAUACAGCUGGCAGUUAAACAAAGUAUUUGUUCAGAAUCACUCAUUUCCUAUUUUGUUUGCAAUUGGACUGAGGCUUAUAUAUUUCCCAAUAUUUACUGAUCCUUAAGUGUAAAUAACUAUCCUUAAUAUUCUUUUUUUGCGGUCAGCGAACAAAUAUCGACAAAAGGCACAUUUCAUUUCUUCUAAGAAAAAUACAGCUCGAAAGACAAGCGAGAAUUAGGCUAAAUUGUAAAAACAAACGGGCUAAUUAUCUCCAUCUCAUCUCAGUCACAACUGACAGAUCCUUUUGUUCCAUUAUACCUCCUUCAAUGAAAUGCUUAUAAGUGAUAAUAUAUUGAUAAUUGGCUGUGGUUUCCGCUAAGAUAGCUUCAAUUAUUAGGAUCUAUUUUAUUGGAAGAAUAAUCUAUGCGCUUAAAGGGUACGGUACAUUAGGGUUUGGGCAGCCGAUGCAAAGAGUGAGAAAGUGAGUCCAUCCAUGAAAUGCAAACUUCUGCCGGUAGCCUUGAGGAAAUCAAAAAAAAUCAUUUUUAUUCAAGCUUUUCAUGAUCGGGUAAGCGUAACAUGCAACAAAGAGUGGACUGAUAGUGUGAUUGAGUUGGCUGGAAAAGAUUCUUGAUCCGCAUUCUUCUUCGUGGCCGACUUCCUCAGUUUCCUUGCACGCGUGGUAUCAUAAUUAAGAUUUGAGGCCAAAUACUCUUCUUUUACGGUGAUGACCGCUUUCCCAACGCCAGGAAAACAUCUUGCAGGAUUUCAAAUUAAAAAUAACUGAAAUGCUUCACUGCUUGUAAUCUAGACCCGAAUAAUAUAACUGUGAUAAGAAUCGGAAAUGAGUUUUUGUUAUUACUCCAUUGCAAGACACCAUUUCGCCACUAUGCCAUAAAAUAUCUUUAUUAAUAUUCUCCUUUACUUGUAGCCACACUACCUUGAAACACCCUUUUUGUCUCUAAGAAAACGUAGAGGAUAAUUCAAGCUUGAUUUGGCGCUCGAGUGAUCGGAGUGGCGCUAGAACUUCCAACCGCGUAGGCACUAGGAAAGGCUGGGCAGUAACUCGACUAUUUUGAAAUAAAGAGAAAUUUAACCUGAUCCAAAAGCUCAUGCAGAAAGGUUUCCGAGCUCCAGAUGAGAUUCGAACACAUCAUGUGAACCUCCGAGUUCUAUCGGACGUUCUAACCACAGUACUGGAGACUGGCGAGCAGAAUCCGAAUGGUCGGUAUUGCUCAAUCACUUGUGAAACAGAGUGGUCAUGAGAAUUACGGAUAUGAUCUUACAAGAUGAAUUUGUUUGAUAUUUUUUCAACUUCUCACCACUUCUUCGGUAGGAAAUGAAUAGGGGCAACAAAUAAGAAUUCAAAUUUUGACCAAAGGAUUUUUAAGGGUUAACAUAUCUCUAUCACUCAUUUGUCAAUAAGCGAAUUAAAAGCAGUAGGGAAGUAUUACAGACUUUGAAAAGAAAGCGCCCUACUUCAUGGAAAUAGCCAACCGUACAAAACAGUAGCAUACAAAGUUGUGGCGGUUUACAUUAGGCAUUUCACAGCAUUGAGAGAUUGAGCCUUGGGUUAGUAACAUUUACAAAAAGGUUUCAGGAAAAUCCGAUUGGAAAGUAAAUGGAACACGACUUUUUGGGUCGUUCCAGCGGAAAAUGUUCGGAAGCAGCAAUAGAAAAUUUUGUGAAAAAGUAGUCCCGUUUUCCCGGACGGAAUAUUCCAAAUGGAUAUUCGUGUUCCAUUUUAGAUACCAGCUUCAGGCUUUCGCGGUCGUUUUCGGUAAAUGGAACUGAUUUGUGCAAAUAAUAAACGCGAUUCCGAGAUGAAAUUUACCAGUCCUGAAUUUUGAUUACCAUUUGCGCAAACCUUGGACCGACCGGUUUGCCCAUGUUAAUGAUAAGCAAUCUUAAUCUUCAUGUUAACUGCCACCACGACCCGUUGGCCACAGCUAAACAGUUUUCCUAAACACGUACGUUCACUGAAUCAUUUACUUAUUAGUCCCUCUCAUUUUGCUUCACAUUAAAGACUGAGAGAAUGGCCACUGCUGUACCCGUAGAGUUAAGAGAGAGGUUGACUUGUGCUGUUUGCAUGGAACAGUUUAAGGAACCAAAGGUUCUGCCAUGUCUUCACACUUACUGCAAAAAAUGCCUGGAAAAACUGGUGAAAAAACAAGGAUCUGAGCAGGUGAUAACUUGCCCUGAGUGCAGGCAGGACGCAAAAGUAAGUUUCAAAUGAACUUCAAUCUGUAAAAAUAACUUUUCAUUCAGUUUCUAGAGGAAAAUUGAUUGUAACCAUAUAUGGUUGCUUCCAAGCCGCACGUUAAUUACAGUACUACCAAAUGUUAGCUGCUUCAAAAAAAUGUAAUGAUUGUCUUUUGAAUAAUAGGGUCUGUUUAGCUCAAUUGUUUUUCGGUGUUGUUUUUUUGUUGACUUGUUUGACAAGCUCUGUUACAUUAUAAGUAGACUGAUUUUACUGAUAUUCAGGCUGUCAAAUCUAAACUGCAGACUGUUAUCACUUAUUACCGUCUUGACUUUCCUCACUAUAAGGCAGCAUGGAUAGAUUGCUUUUAAAACUUUCCUUCUUGUAACCACUCCCUCAAAAUGCCCAGAACAAUGAAUAGCCCUCUCCCUUCAGAGACCUCCAAAACUCCUUAGUCCCUUCCAAAAACUCGACCCCUUAGCCUGGAAUCCAAGCCUAGUCCCUAGGAGUUUUUUGCUCGGUCAAUCCUGGACUCUACUGUGAGCGGCAAGAGAGAAUGCCUGGGGACUACGCUGCUAGUACCCUAAGUAAUAACCACUCCCUUACUUGCCUUUAAUCAUCAUGCACGAGUGUUUGUAAGUUGGCCUAAAUUAUAUGACGAUUAGAGGUCAAGAAAUUUCCUGUUUUCCGCUUUUAGAUCGACGAUGGAAACGUUGAAAGUCUGCAAUCGAAUUUCUGGGUGAACAAUUUUAUGACCUUAUUGAGCAUUCAAAAACGCGUCACAUCAACUGGAAAGCCCUUGGUCUGUGAACACUGCAACAGUGGUGACUCAGCUGUUUCUCGUUGCACAAAUUGCAAAGUUUUCAUGUGUGAGUAUUGUGUAACAGCGCAUAAAAGAAUCAAUGCAUUUCUUGGCCAUCAGAUUUUGUCUCUAGCUGAAGUAAAAAAGCUUGGAUCAAAGGCCCUUGUCAAGCCAGCCUUUUGUACAAAGCAUGCUGAUGAGGUAUUGAAACUCUAUUGCGAUACCUGCCAGAAAACCAUCUGCCGUGACUGCACCAUUGUUGAUCAUCGAGAUCACAAGUACAACUUUGUAGCAGAUGUUGCUGAAAGAGAAAGAAAAGCUGUUGAAGCCGUUCUUCGAGAAACCAAAGCAAAGGAUGUUACAGUUGAAGAAGGAUUGAAAGCAGUGAAAGCCAUGGAAACUCGCGUUGAAGCAAAGAUUACCGGGGUGAGCAAAGAUGUAGAUGUGUCUUUUUAUCAGCAGGUAAGGGCAUUAGAGGAAAUGCGGGCAAACUUAAAGCUUGAAGUGAAAACACAAGGCCAAGCCAAGCUUAAGGCACUUUGCAACCAGGAGGAAAUGCUUGCAUUAUCACUUGCACAGCUACGGAAUAGUACUGAUUUUGCUGAAAAAGCUCUAAAAGAUGGAAAUGACUUAGAAAUCUUGUCUAUCAAGCAACAACUCAUUCAGCGCCUUGCUCAGCUCAAUGCAUCACAAUUCCAUUGCAAACCCUGCAACAGUGACUACCUCAAACUUGAGAUUGAGAAAAGAAUAUCGGACAUAGGAGAAAUGAUGACGUUAGCUCAUUCACCAGACACAACGAAAUGCGUUCUAAGUAUGGUGGGUGGUGAGGAGGGUGUGUUGUACCAGACAUUUGCUGGGCAGCCUGUGGAUUUCAAGUUUGCCAUUGUACGUGAUACUUCAGUCAAGGACGCAGAGACUGGUUUCAUGGUUCGUGCUUCAGUUAAGAGGGAAGAUCAGCAAGAGAGUCAAGACCUUCCUGUAGCUGACAAAGGUGACGGGUUGUAUUUCUUCUCCUAUCAGCCACAGACUCCUGGACUUUGUACCCUGUCAGUGACAGUUGAAGGGGAGAGCGUGCAUGGUAGUCCUUUCACCUGGGAGGUGUUUCCAGAACUCAAGGGUCCAAAUGAGCUUAGAGAUUUUCUCAACACCCAAAGAAAGACUAAGAAAAUAAUGCAUAGUUGGAAAUUAAAGUACUUAGGAAGCACCCCCGGAAAUUCUAAAGUUGAAAUCGGAGUCAGCUAUUUUGACGGAAGUAGUUACUAUUACAGGUACACCUGGUGCUGUCAAAACAAUGCGUUUACCACAUGUCGAGGUAGGAACUCAUCGGGUAAUCAAGCAUCAAUAACCUCUUUGCAAAAUGACGAUAUCCUCUCAGUUUAUCUGAAUCAAACUACUAAAAAACUUUUUAUCUACAAUCACAGAAAUGAACAGUUGAAAAAUUUUAGUACUUGUUCUUAUUCCUUUACGGCAGUCGUCAUUUCACCUUACAAACCGUCUGAAGGUGGUUUUACUUUUGCUAUCGAGUAG